AUGAACAGCAGAGAUCUAAAAGCGUCCGUGGUAGAACCUUUACAGGCCAGAUUCCUUCCUUUGAAUACUAUGUCUUCAGUUAGGUUUUAUGGUCCAAGUACAGCUACGGUCAGUCCUGUUUUACAUUACCCGUAUCAUUUUGUAGCCGGUCAGUAUAUCAGUCCAGAGAUGCAUUCAUUUCACCCCCGCGAUAAGGAUAUCCUAACAGUAUUGCCGGGUUAUAUGAGCCAAUGUCAUCACCCAGCUCUGCAUGGAAUGUCCUACUACAACACAGAUAACGAGAAACCAACUCAGUCAUACAUUGGUCUCAUUGGAAAAGCGAUUCUCAGCUCUCCACAACAGAAACUUGUACUGGGUGACAUCUACAACUAUAUUCUGACGCAUUAUCCUUACUUCAGAAACAAGGGACCGGGAUGGCGGAACUCCAUACGCCAUAACUUAUCACUGAAUGAUUGCUUUGUUAAAGUGGGUCGGUCUCCCAAUGGCAAAGGACACUUUUGGGCCAUCAACCCUGUCAACUAUGAUGACUUCAGUCGGGGUGAUUAUAAGCGAAAAAGAGCUUCGAGGAGAAAUGGGGAACUGAAUUCUUCGACAGAAAGAUGCUCGAAAGAAAAACAUGCAGGAAAAGAUGAGAGAAGAAGAGACAUAGGCUACUAUGAAUCGAGAAAAAUGCAUUUGAACAUUGAACGCGGUACCAGUGAGUCACAAAAAAAAGGCUUUCAUAUAGAAACUCUUUUGUCCAAUUAGCUACAAUAGGUUAAAAACAGGCCAACAUACAGAAAAAAAGCGAAACAACUCAGAAACGGAAGGAAUACACUCUAGUCAUGGUAAAAGAAAAAGUGACGUGUGGAGCUAAAGCAUCAGCCGGGAUAGAACGUUGGUUAGUACAGAUUCUAAAGUAACCAAACACAAUCAAAACUUUUAUAGAGUAUGCGUCAUCACUGGAGUACGUUCGAAAGUGUAACUAGUUGUUGCGGGUUAACGUUUACAAGUAAUCAGAGUAGCAGAAAAUACUGGUGUUUAGAUCCGGCGAGAGCAGGACAAUGGAGUUUGAAUUUCCCUUUGGUAUUUACAAGAACUUAAAUCACUAUAAUUUACUUACUUGUUUGAAAAUGAAAACAGUAGCACUAUUAUAAGCUAUAACUGUUUAAUAACAAACAUUUCAAGAUGGAAAAGUAAAACAAAUAUCUGAUAUUUAUUGCGUGGGAAAAACACAUACGAUGACUAAUGGACUGUAAGUUGCCGUAAUAUUGCUACGAUUUCCCAUAUUUACGAAACUAAUCAGGAUGCAGUGCUAACGACUUUUAGUUCAAAUCUGUUCUUUUCAUAUGUAAAUAUAUCUUCACUUAACAUGCCAUAAAAUCAAACAUUCAAGACGUUGUAUGGUAGGAAGGUGCGAAUGCAAUGGUUUUACCGAAUACUACCGUUACCAUGGAAACAAGGGACAAAGAGUAUGAAUAGGCAGCAAGAGAAGAAACCGUAUGCCUUUCAAAAAUACUGUACACUUUGAGAAAAAUUUCCCCAUCAAUCUUAGCUAUAAAGAUAAAAGUCAUCCAUUUAGAAUGUUUGAUUCCUAAAAUCCACCAUUAUGUACCCCAAAUUCUACCUCCUUUGAGAAACAGUACAAGAUUUUUAAAGUCUUGAAAUUGCAAGAAACUUAACAAAAGAGGUUGUUUGAUUUUAUCAAUGUUACUCAAGCUUCGUAAACCAUAUAUUAACUAGUUGUUUAUUUAUUAUUACAGGACUGGUCUAACGUUUAGUGACAAGAAAUUACGAGUUUUCAGCAUUUGUUUGUUUGUUUGUUUGAAUGACUGAUUCAUCAGUCCUCAGUGAAAGCGAUCGUUAGUUCGAUUAUUGCUUUUCAACGAGUUAUUCAUUGAGCAUUUGUCCAUAGAAACCACGACCUUCAAAGGAGCAAUUUCGAAAUUGCUAAAAGAUGAAAAAAGGUGAAGAUCACAAGUUGAAUUUAAAAAGAGAAAGAGAAAUACAAAUAGAGAGGUAAUCACUCCUUGCGAGGGGCAGACGGUCUAGUCGCCGCGAAGGAAUGAUGUAAAAAAAAAAAAAAAAAGAAACAAAAAGAUUGAACUCUCAGUGGUUUAAGCUUAGCCUUUUGCACUACUGAUUACGUAUUCUAGUAAACCCGCAGUGGUUUUGUAAAAACAUGAUCGUGUGAGCUGCUGUUCUGUUUUGCUGGGACGAACUGAUCUGUUUUAGAAUGACUUUAAUGGGGAAAGGAACUUUAUAGUGUGAGAGAUAAGUCGUGGUAUUGUCUUUUGAAAAAGCUCGGAGGUAAAUACUUCAUUGCUUUAUAUCUAAAAAUUCAUUCCAUUUAGAGGACAAUAAGCAAUAAAUGGUCCAAAUUGAUUGUUUUAAUUCCACAAAAUCGUAUAGUUCCCAUCAAAUUUAAGAAAUUACUUUUAGGCAUGCUGUAACAAUCAGGUUUUAUUUGCGGUGCACUCCUCUGGAAAAAAAUUGACAAAAUCAAUCAUGGGAAACUGAAUUGUUAAUUUCUCUUAUUUUUGCGUACGUAACGCUCUACAUCAAAGUGCGCACCAUCAAAAACCAAAACCAAUCCUGCACGUCUGCUCCACUGAGGUAAUAACAUGCUGCUCAAAAGAAAACCCUGACACUGCUUGACUCAUCAGUGUGUACUGGACGGGAAGCUUAAAACUGUAUUCUACACAACUGAGCAACAGUUACCUUGGGAAGCUGUUCCUUAGCUCAAUAGCAAUCGAGCAUUCGAGUCUGACGAUCAGUCUGAGCAAGCUCAGAACACAUGCGGCACUGAAAACUCCCUCAAUAGAUACUGCACCCUGACAUGACCUACACUCGUUUGCUGUUUGUUACUGACAUAACACAAUUCACUCAUACUGUUUCCUCUUGUAAGACUUCGAAAUUCUGAGAGGCUCUUUGGUGUUACACGUUUUAUUUCGGAAGUUAUCAUUUGGUAAGUUGAAAUCGUCUCUUCCUUAAAUCCCAACUCACAACAAAUUGUUCAUAUUGCAUACCGUUUAUGAUAAUAUAUUCAAUUUACACAUACUUGAUCUUGUUACUCUUUAUUUACUUUUCCUAACAACAGGAUGACAAUGUUGGCAUCUAGGAUAAAAUUGAAACGUCGGGCAAUCGAUCGUAAUUAAACUUUAAGUAGGAACAAAGGAAGAUCGCGAUUAGACAUUAAAUAAUUAAUAUUCGGCAGAAAGAACAGUUUUUAUAAUGUUUUUUAAUAGGGAAACUUUUUCACACACUGUUCAGAAGUAUUUUUGCACCAGGUUAUAAUAAGAAUGACAAGAAUGAAAUUAUCAUCUUUAGGAUACACAAUAGUGAAUAUACUAUGUUCCUUUUUCCGGUUUUUUCUUUUUCAAAUUUAACAAGUUUAAACAAGAGAAGAUGAAUUCUAUUUUGAUCUAAAUAAAGCUGCACCUAAGCCCGCCCUCCAUGGCUUAUUGGAAGGAGUUAGGAAGGCUCUCAUACAACUUAUUAUUAUUAUCAUUAUUAUUAGUAGUAGCAGUAGUAGCAGCAGCAGCAGCAGCAGCAGCAGCAGCAGCAGUAGUAGUAGUAGUAGUAGUAGUAGUAGUAGUAGUAGUAGUAGUAGUAGUAGUAGUAGUAGUAGUAGUAGUAGUAGUAGUAGUAGUAGUAGUAGUAGUAGUAGUAGUAGUAGUAGUAGUAGUAGUAGAAGUAGUUUUCCUUCGUUGACAGCAGCAGCUAAUAUUGCUGGUAGUUAAAUAAAUAAUUGACUUCAUAAGUUAUAGCUCUUAGACAACUAAAACACUACAUGAGAUAUCUUAUUUUUGUCUUUAAUUGCCCUCUCUCUCUUGCAAUUGUUUUACUAGAAAUCGAAGAAACGAUUGACAGAAAACAUUACUGCCAUAACUACGUCCAUUUUGUGCGUUCGUCGGGUUCGUUGCAGAAAACUUUAGCAAAAACAGCUGUUCACUUAGAGACGUAAAAUGAAAGAGUAAAUAUACUCCGGGAUGAGAAGGAAAGAGAAACGACUGGACACUCAGGGUAAUCAGUAACGUUAGUGUUUUCCAUAACAACUGCGUUGUUCCAUAAACAAUGUUGCUAAAACUUGACCUCUGUUUGUAUUCAAAACAAUUUGGCAUGUUAGAAUGAACGACUUUGGGUAAUGCGCGCGUGCAUUCAAUGUCUAUCUUGAAAAAAUAGGUUUUGGUAAAGAAUGCAAGGUUGUAGAGCCGGGACUACUAACCAAGACAGUGUCAACCAUUUGCGCAACUUUACUUUUUGCUUAUGUCAUUUUCUUUGGUUUUCUUAAUUCAUCAAUCUAACAACUGAUUACAAAUAAAUAUCUCAAAAGGCAUCAAGUGGAUAAUGGAGUUUCCUGUUUAAUCAAACAUGUUCGUUCAAUCACACGCCAUAUACGUUUACAUAAAGUUCAUUGUUAUACAAUCGCUCAUUCUUAACGCUGAAUACAAAGCUCACUACGUCAACUUCCCUUCAGUUUCCGUUUUAUCUCAAAGUCAUUCACCCUCCUUAAUGCUCAAUUAGCUGUGAAAAUGUUCACUGGAUAAUUAUUCAACUUUAGUGCUCACUGGCUGACACUUUAAGAGUUUAUUUCCUAUCAAGCAAAGAAAAAUAUUUCCCUUAUAGGGAUCCUCAGUUCAGUAAUAAACUCUAAAUCUGGACCAAACAUUAAAUAGUUCUUUUGUUUAGAAUCAGGCUAAUCAUCUCUCUUUGUCUAAGCCUUCCAUUAAGAAACAAUAAGGCUAUAGCAUUAGUUUUAAAGUCAAACAAUAUACCCAUAAAGUGCCACAUCAAUGGAGGAUUUAAAAACCAAACAAGAAUAAGGCGUGUUGUGGAGUGUUGUACUAACACUUUGUAUUAGUGGAUUUUUACUUGAUAACUUCUAAACUUUUAACCUUUUUGGCAGCGUUCAAAAUAUUUUUCUGGCGAGAUUUUUAGUUUUCUUUUUUUCGAUUAGCCUUUCCAGAAGAGAGCGUGCUGUUGUCUCUAGGGAUUGAAAAGUGAUUGUUCCUUUUAAGUAAAAGCUAUUUUCUACCUGCUGUGAUUUGUUCCUUUCCAACAAACAACAUUUAAAGAAAAGCCAAACACAAGGCGUGGUGCUAAUUACAAAUAAUUAGCUCUUAGUAUAAGAAAAAUAAUAAUUACCUUGCAUUUAUAAUUCUCUUUUGGCCAGGAAAACUCUCGAAUCUUACGUUUUUGAUAGCAACAGCUACUUUACCAUCUUAGCCAACACGAACGUUUUUUCAUAUGGGCAUUGAAAACUGUAAAUGAAGUUAUGGCAAUACUAGGCUUUCAGUGUUUGUGAAGAACAAAGAGCAAUCAAUCAAUUACGUAAAAACAUUCCUUUCCAAGUCAAUAUCACGGCUUGUUCUCUUUUGUCAGAUUCAUUCACAUCUCUGCGCACAUAGUGUACAGAGCAAACCAUCACGGUCUCUAUUUUUGAACCCGUUAGAGAACCUAUUCCCGAACAUGACUUCGGCCGGUUUUUAUCUGCCAAGUACAGCUACUGUCAGUCCAGUCUUUCAUUACCCGUAUCAUUCUUCUGCCGGUCAGUAUAUCAGUCUAGAGAUGUACCGGUAUUCAUUUUACCGCGAUAAAGAUAUCCUAACAGUAUUGCCGGGUUAUAUGAGCCAAUGUCAUCACCCAGCUCUGCAUGGAAUGUCCUACUACAACACAGAUAACGAGAAACCAACUCAGUCAUACAUUGGUCUCAUUGGAAAAGCAAUUCUCAGCUCUCCACAACAGAAACUUGUACUGGGUGACAUCUACAACUAUAUUCUGACGCAUUAUCCGUACUUCAGAAACAAGGGACCGGGAUGGCGGAACUCCAUACGCCAUAACUUAUCACUGAAUGAUUGCUUUGUUAAAGUGGGUCGGUCUCCCAAUGGCAAAGGACACUUCUGGACCAUCAACCCUGUCAACUAUGAUGACUUUAGUCGGGGUGAUUAUAAGCGAAAAAGAACUUCGAGAAGAAAUAGAGAAAUUAGUCAUUCUACAAAGGAAAAAUGGUCAAACGAGAAUUCAUCGGAAAAGAGCGACGAAUUGAAAAUGCCUGGAACCGAUGUUUGGAAGAGUGAAUCAAAUAUUAUGCCCUGUACCAAAGUAAAUACAUUAGAGAAAAGAGGUUUUCACAUAGAAACUCUUCUGUCCAACAAAUGGGAAGAGAUUUUAAAAAAUAAGUGA